AUGUCUGAUAAUAUUGAAAACAAUAUCAGCAAUCAAGCUUUAGAAAAUCAAAUGAAUAUUGGUACAAUGGGUAAUUUACAACGUUCCAUCAAUCGCAGCUUAGAAAUAGCGCAAAGCAGCGAAAGAUCCUAUAUACCAGGUGAAACCAAAUCGACAAAUCAUUUGAUCUUCGAAAUGAACGAAUUUUAUUUGGAAAUGGCGCAGAAAAUCAACGAGUUAAAACUGAAUAGAUAUGAUAGUUACGUAAAUGAAGACGAAGAUGAAGACGUGGAAGAUACGGACAGCGUGUUAUAUGAAGUUGUGUCUGCGAUUCGCAAGAAGCGAAACAAUCCGGAAAUGAAGAAACAGAUUGAGACAGUUUUAAAGUUAGAUCAAAUGAUGGAGGACUCUUACAAGACAUUACAAAAAGAACGUAUGGAAAGACAACUUGUCCAAAAACAAUUGUGUGAAAUAAUUGACAGGGAAGAUGAUAAAUAUGCAAAAACAAAAAUUUUUCGAGAUCUGUGUAGUUAUGAGGAUAAUGGAUUAAAUGCCUCAACCUCUUCUGAAACCAUCACAAAUCAAAAGGAAUAUGAAUCAGACGGUAAUACUGAGCAUGAAACUAGUCUAUUAGAAUGUGACUCAAACAAGGAUAAAUUUAUAAAAAGAAAUAUUCAGCGGGCUAAAAAUACUCCAACGAUGUCUAAUCCUGCCUACUGUCUAACCGACGAAGAAAAAGUGAAAUUGGAUAAAUUGUUGAUCGAUUUAGAUAAAACCCCCGAAAGUGAUGGCACCGAUGAUACAAAAUUGUUAGGUAGUGAGAAGAAAGUCGAUAGCCUUCUAGAAAUUGACGAUACAACGUCGAUUUAUCCGUUUUCGUUAAGCGAAGAAGAUCAAACGCGAAUGCGAGAGCUGGAGAGCGAAUUAGAGAAUUUAUCUGAAGUGUCACUGCUGCCGAGCAAACAAAAGCCGGUGCAUGAUGGGAAGCCGUGGCAAAAUGAAGACCGUCUGAAACAAAUCGACGCAAAGCUUGAAAAACUUCAAAGUGAACGAGAGUCGUUCACUUUCAAGCCGACAGAAGUCGUACUUCCUCAGGUUUCUCAGGAUAACAGCAGUUGGGAAGACGCCUCGGAUGUAACGUCCACUAACAACGACGAUACCGCUAAUGAUGUAGAAUCGAUUCCUUUCGAUUCGAUUCGAGAGCGCAGCCAAGAAAUGCUCGCGCGGAUCGCCAGAAUCAUGCAGACUACAUCUGCUGAAUAUUCGGAUCAUGAGCACGAUGAGCCCGAGCGCGAUUAAUUGUUAUUAUCUGCCAAAUAUUUAGACAUGUGCGUGAAGGUUGCGAGCCGGAAUAAAUUCGAUUUGUUUCUUUAA